CCCCGCUGGCGCGGCGCCCGUCCCGCCCCCCCGCUCCUGGCCGCUGUCCCGCUGGCCGCCUCGCAGCGCGGUGUAUGUGCGGCAACAACAUGUCGGCGCCGCUCCCCGCCAUCGUCCCGGCCGCCAGGAAGGCGACGGCUGCGGUUAUUUUUCUUCAUGGAUUGGGAGAUACCGGGCAUGGAUGGUCUGAAGCACUUGCAGGCAUCAAAAGCCCCCAUGUAAAAUACAUUUGCCCACACGCGCCAGUUAUGCCAGUGUCUUUGAACAUGAACAUGGCUAUGCCCUCAUGGUUUGAUAUCAUUGGACUUUCUCCAGAUUCACAGGAAGAUGAAGCUGGGAUCAAGCAGGCAGCAGAGAAUGUUAAAGCACUGAUAGAUCAAGAAGUAAAAAAUGGAAUUCCUUCUAACAGAAUUAUUCUAGGAGGCUUUUCUCAGGGAGGUGCUUUAUCCUUGUAUACAGCUCUUACAACACAACAAAAACUAGCAGGUGUUGUAGCCCUCAGCUGCUGGCUUCCUCUACGGGCUUCUUUUCCUCAGGGCCCUAUCAGUGGUGUCAACAAGGACAUUGCUGUUCUUCAGUGCCACGGGGACUGUGACCCAUUGGUUCCUUUAAUGUUUGGUUCUCUCACGGUUGAGAAGUUAAAGACUAUGAUAAAUCCAGCCAAUGUAACCUUCAGGACUUACUCUGGCAUGAUGCAUAGUUCAUGUAUUGAGGAGAUGAUGGAUAUAAAACAGUUCAUAGAAAAACAUCUACCUCCCAUAGACUGAAAAGAUAUGUGAGAAGCCUUCAAUGUAACACCAGCAUCAACUGUGGUAGAGUGUUAAUCUUUUCAUAUGCCUGAUAGAAAUUAUCACUUCUAUACCUGCAGUGUUACUACUGUGUUGUAAAUUUAUACUUAGGAGGAAGAUUAAAUAGUAACACAUGUGAAAGAAAUUAUGGUCUUCUUAGUAUUAAUUGUCCACUGAUGGGACUGUAGGAAUAAAGCAGCUUGGUAACAAUGACAGAAUGUAACUGAAGCAUACUGUUCAAGACAUCUGAUUUUUUUGAUUGAUAUCAAGCUGUUUGUACCAGUAAUUGGACAUUAAAUUUAAGUGAGCAACGUAAUUGUGACCAGUUUAGUUAUACUUGAGACGUGAUUUGUUCUUAAUACUCAGUGAAAUCAUAUUUAAAUAUUUCCUCUAUGUAAUAGAUGCAUAAAUUACACAGUAAGUAACACAGUGGACAUAUGAUGGUAAAAUAAAUGUUACUAAGAACAGAGCUUUAAAUAUUAUGUGUUAAUUGUUACUCCAGGUAAGGAGGGUUGUUCUCCUAGAAUGGCUAGAAGUCAGCAAAGGUAUUUCCUGGAUUUAAAGCACCUCAAUUUUUAACCAUUUUCAUAUAGGUAGAUGGAAAUUCUAAAGAUGUGGAAAUUCUAAAGGGACUCAUUCCUUGUAAAUUGUCACUUAUUGUGUUUUUUUGUUACUAUAAAUUCAUGUCACAUGCUGACUUGGAACAGAAUUCUGAAGCAGCUAGUAAGAUUAAUUUUAGUUUCUUUUAAAAUUCCUGUUUUCAUACUGAAUAUUCAAUUUGUGCUUUAGUCUUUGUAGCUUUCAUUUGUGGGGAAAUAUUUAUGCUGUAUUUUACAUGAGUAAUUCCAGUAUAUAGUUUUGAUUUUUCUGUCUGCUUUGGAGUAAUUAACUGAAAUCAAUGCAGCUGUGUAGCUUUAGGUAUUGUUGGAGUCUCAUCUCUAACACAGACAUUGACUAAUUUGAAUUCUUUUUAAAUGGAAAUCUAAGUGCAAUUGCAAUGUAGCUUAAACUUUAAGUCGAUACCAUCAAAUACUUUCUUUUAUUGCAAUACUUUCUCUUUUUCUGAAAAAGAACAAAUAAUUUUAUUUUCAAAUACAUCAUGCUACAUUUCCCUAGAUGGGUAUAGCCUCGGAACAUGAAGACCUGCUACAGGAAACAAACAAACAAACAAAACCCAAACAAAUCUACAAGAUAUAGGGUGUCUCUUUCAGAAGCUCAAAUUCCAAAAUACAUUGAGUUCCAGAAAUUAGUGCAUGUUUAACAGCUCAUUGCAGUUAAAAGCCAUAGUUUACUUCUAGAAACAGCUUUUCUCCUACAGAGCUCUAAUGCUGUUGCUGCAGUUAGGAAUGUUUAAAAAAUACACUACCUUUUUAUUACAAAAUAUGCUGUAUAACAGUGUUCUAUACUGUAACAGGCCUUCAAGUGAAGAAAGUUCUUAUUUUGGAAGCAUCUGUAUUGUGCAUGCUGUGCUUCAUAUCUGCAUUGAAGGUGCUUUCACUUCUCCAGCUUUAUCACGUGAUCCUCUUAAAGUGCCUAUGGAUUUAUGUCCAAGGUAUCUGUCAGUACAAAUGCAUACGUGGGAAAUCAGACUUUUGUAUCUCUUCUGGCUGCCAUAAAUCUGACUUGUUCAGCUAGUAUGACUUGCCAGUUUUCAGUGCUUUUCUUCAUGUGUAUUGCACUUCACUUUUAUGAACCUGUUUUUCUUUUAUAAUGCAGUUCCUCUGGAUUAAUAUGAAAGAUUGAAAAGGACUUUUCUUCUAGAUGGUGGUGAAGGACUUUUAGAUAUUCCAUCUGUGUGUUUGAGAGGGCAUGCCUAUUAACUCUGAAGUUUAAUUAGUUUUUUCUCUCAAUCACUCUGUUCUAAUAUCUGCCAAUUUAUCUUCCAGUUAAUUUAGUUCACAGAAGAAACCAUAAUAUCCUUAGUGCAGUUGUGCCAAAGUUCUGUUGAGAAAACAGUAUGUCCUAGCUUGGAGUCAUUCCCAAAUUGCAUUAGCAUUUUGCAGUCCUGCUGAAUUGCAAACUUGAUGUUGUUUCUCCUAGUUUUUAGAUUUAUCCUCAUUACCCUGAUGCCUAAAUGAUUCUCUGAAUGUUGGCAUUCUUCCAAAGUUCUGCACAAGCUUCUAAUUUUUUCCUUUAUUAUUUUCUUGUUCUGUUUGUAAAUUGUUUGAUAAUAUUGUUCAGCUGUUUUGUUAACUUCAGGUUGCCUGCGUGCUGAUUUCUCAUGUUCUUUCUUCUGUUAGAAUGAGUUCUAAAAAAUAUUCCUAAACUGCUAAAAUGAGAUCAGUCAUACCUUGAAUUCCGUGUUUUGUAACACUUCCUUCUGUUUGCUAAACUGUUCACAGAUUUUGGUCAGUUUCUAGUACCUAUGCAUUUUAGUCCAAGUCAGCUUCAACUGUUGUCUCUAUGAUGCUUUUAAAACAUUUCUAGAAAAACAUUUAUAUGCUUUGUUCAAAUACUCAGCUAUCACAGCAAGAUGUUUUUCAUACUGUUGCUUUGCUGCUUGCUUUAUCUACAAAGAGCUGUAUUACCAAAGUAAAUGUUGUGACUUGCUGUGAAUUUCUGUAUCCUAGGAAGCUCAUCUCUUCGAGUUAUUUCUUUGCAGGAGUGUAUGAGUAUGUUGUAGUUGGGGGCUAUUAAAGAGCACAGAAGCUAGAGGAAACUUCAGCAAUGUAUUUGAAGCCUAUCCUGUCUUCUCCCAUAUUACAGUGUGCAUCUUGAGCUCCUGUCUUUUAGAACUUCCCAGCUAGCUGGAAAGCUUUGUGUAUGAUCUUCUAGCUGAAUGUCUUAGCUGCCUGAAGUUAUUGUGUGCUGGGAGUGUUGUCAUGAUUGACUUUAUUUUUAGGCUGAAUGAUAGCUCAGUCUGGUGUGAGGGAUUUCAUCAUACUCUGUCAAAAUGGAGAAGCUGGCCUGUCACUCUUUAAAUGUCUUGUCCUCAUAAAAUUUGAAGCUGUCCAAUAAUGAAGUUUAUUUUUCAUAAUGUUAGACUUCCUCCAAAAAGGGAUGAUAUCUGUCAAACCUGCAAAAACAUGGAUGUGAAAACACCUUGCUUUCAGUUCAGUUUAUUUCAGUGGAUCUCUUAACUCCUUAAUACAUUUUUAAUUUCACAAUGGUACUUGAAGUUUACUGUAGUUUUGUGCAGUCAGAAGUCUGACUUCUUGUUGGAAUGUGUUGCCCACUUUUUAAUAAAUGUGUUGGAUUAUGUAUUAUAGGCCAAUCUCACAGCCAUUCUUGAGGUAAAACCGUUCUGAGGUCUGCACUGUGGUGAGGGCUGUGUGAUUUGGUCUCUUCCUCCUAUCUUGUAUAAUUACAACACAGUAGAUUGGUAACAGUAUUGUACACUGUAACUGGUAUUAGAACUGCUAAUUAAAACAUGUUCUCUCUAAUGGUGUAUACUGCACUUCAUUUAAAUAAUUAGGAUACAUCAUUUAUGUAGAGGGGCUGGUUGUGUUGGUGGAUAUGACCAAAUACAUAUUGUAUAAGAUGUUAAUGAAGCCAUAUGUACAAGGCCUGUGUAUCUUAAAUUUUAUAAAGAAAACCUGAACACUUACUCUGUGUUAUGAAGUAUAAGCCAUUUCUAUUUAAUAUAAACUUAUUACCUUGAAAAUUUGUGAUGAGAAAUCUUAACAAUCAAAAUUAAUUCUGUAGUAGGGAAAAUCUUUCCAUUUUUAUCUUUGCGAAAUAAAUUUCAUUCAGCUUUUGGGCAGGUA